AUGGCGGCGGAAGGAGGUUCAGAUCAAUUCAUCGACAUCGUUAAGCUCUCUCCUCCGGCAAAGUUCCCGGCGGCAUUCCCCCAGGACCUCAAGGUGGCUCCCUCCUUGAAGCGCCGCCGUUCUGGCGGUGACACGUGGGUGGUGUCAGUGUUCGUGAUCAUCCACGUGGGCGUCUUCAUCGCAACGAUGCUGGUCAAUGAUUGCUGGACGAACUCCAACGGCGACUGCGCCCUAAAAACCCUCGGAAGGUUCUCCUUCCAACCUCUCUCUGAGAAUCCUCUCUUAGGCCCUUCUCAGUCCAAAUUAGAGGAAAUGGGAGCGCUUCGGAGGAAUUUCGUGACAGAGUAUCACCAAACUUGGCGUCUUUUCACCUCUCCAUUUCUUCAUGCUGGGCUCUUCCACCUCCUCCUCAAUCUCUGCAGUAUCAUCUUCAUCGGAAUUCACCUAGAGCGCGAGCUUGGACCGUUACGGAUUGGUGUAAUCUAUGCAAUGUCUGCAUUUGGGGGAGCCUUGAUGGCUUCUCUUUUUCUUCAGCACACCCCAGCUGUUGCCUCUUCCGGGGCUUUGUAUGGGUUACUCGGAACUUUACUCUCUGAGCUCAUUUGGAACUGGGAAUUACAAACCAAAAGGGUUUCAGCAAUAGUCUCUUUUGUCUUUGUAUUUGUUUGCAAUUUCAUCCUUGGCUUUCUGCCUUAUGUGGACAACUUUGCGAGCAUUGGAGGUUUCGUAUCAGGGUUCCUUCUUGGAUCUGUACUUCUACUCAGCAGAAACCUUGAACUGCCAAAGGUUCCAAUCAAAGGAACUCUCUUUGAUUAUGGUGUCAAGAGUUACAUCAAGUUAAAGUUGAAGCAAAACGUGGACAGACCGGUUCUCAGGAUUGUUUCUUUUAUCCUCUUUAGCCUGAUAUUGGCCGGUUGUCUUGUGGCAGUUCUUCACGGGAUCAACAUCAAUAGUUAUUGCACAUGGUGCCCAUAUGUUGACUGUAUCCCUUAUACAAGCUGGCACUGCCAAAAUGGAGAAACCUCUUGUAAGACAAUGGUGAGCGAUGAUCAGAUGACAUUGACCUGUAUGGGGAAUGGAAACUUCAGGGUCUUUCCUUUUACGAACAUCUCUCGGACAAGGAUCAGUGAUCUAUGCAAUCUGAUAUGCUGAUGAAACUACAAGUUUCAAUGAUCACUUGUGCCACAAAUUACUUGGGAAAUGCUGGAUAGCUGAAUGAUAGCUUUGUAUCUUGCCAUUUUUUUCAUGUUCUUUUUUCCCAGAGAUGGAGCUAUAGGACCUCAUUUAGAAGCUUGAGCAAGUUCGGUGUAACACAAGAUGAAUCCUAUU